AUGGACAAUAUCUACAUGAAUAAAUCAACAUUGAUGGUGAACUCAAACAAUAUAUGCUACUUUAAUAAUCAAUCAAGUAAUUCAGAAGAAUCCAAGAUAGAAGAUUCAGAGCUCUCUCGAACAUCUUCAGUUGCCAUUUCGCCACGCAAUAUACCUUCACAGACGCAAGCAUUCAAGAGGACCUAUGAAGGAAAUAUAGUUCCAGGCGGUAAUUUAGACUGCUUGUACCCAUAUAUGUAUCAACUGUUCAAAGGCCAGAAGGUUGAUUUAUCAGACCUUGAUUCAAAAAUUGAAACAGGCAAUUCGUUAAUAUCCUGCAUAAAGACAGUGUGUAUAAGAAUGAUGAAAAAAUUCGAGAGUCUGGGAAAGGAAGAUAGGUCUUAUCUUAAUGUGCUUCUGUCUGGUUGCAUCAAUACUCUUACCGUUAGUCAUCAGCUAACUUUGAUAAAUAUGAUGGGUGUAGAAAGACUGCAAAAUAUCUAUGAAUCAGAACGAGAGCUGAUAGAUAAGAAUGACGGAUGGUAUUUGUUAAAGGAUAAUAUGAAGCAGGUCUUGAAAGAUGGCGGAAUGACAAAACUAAGAUGCUUCGUAACUGAGGAGAGGCUCAAAAUUUAUCAAAGAGAGACAAACCAUGAUGAAAAUUUGAAGCUCAAGAUUUUAGAUGUUUUUGAGUAUAUUUUCAAUAUGGUUCAAUAUAAGGAUUGGAGACGUUCUAAUCUUAGCGAAGAGGAUUAUUGCUUAUAUUGGAAAACGGUUUUUGGUAUAAUGUUUCGUGGAAAAGACGUGUUAAUGAGACAAGGAGAACAAUGUUCGUUAGCAUCUAAGUUUCAGAGACAGGCCAAUGAAGUUGAAUUUGGGGAUAUCAGUAGCAAUGUGAUGGGCCGUCGUCUGGAUUUCUCUUUUGGGUGCACCUUAUACGACGAUAAGAACAAGCCUUCGAUGAUUGAUAUAUGUUCAGCAGAGAUAAAACCAGAGAAUACCGGUAACGAUAUAAAGAAUAUCCAACUUAACAAGAACAUCCGGGUAAACAAAGCGAUACUUUAUUUGUUAUUACAGCACAUGCCCAAUAAUCAAAAAGAACGUAUAUACACAAUUGGCAUCGAUAUGGCUGGUUUACAAGGUUAUUUCUAUAAAGUAGUUCAAUACGAAGAUGCUGUUGUAGCCUUGAAACUUGCAGAAGAUGAUAUAUUUUUACCAAGUGAUGAAGAUGAUUUACAUGAAUUUCUCUCUUGCGACGCAAUGGAUCAACUUAUUUUUUUUGUGAAUCAUAUCUGUUCUUUGAAGUCAAGCGUGAAAAAAGCAUCUAAGGUAUUCAAAAGAACAAGAGCUACCGCGAAUACAACAAGUGGUAUCCAAUCUCGUAUGCAGUCACCACCACGAAGAAAUCCUCCGUUUCCCUCUUCAACCUUCUUCACACCAAAGCGCGUGAACACAAAGAUGGAUUACGAUUUGAUCUCAGAAUAA